UCGAACACAGAGCAAAUAAAAAACUUACGCUUUCAGAAAAACUUUUUCAAUAAAGCUCCAAUUUAACCUCGUGUCAUUGACGAGACGGAUACUGUUUUUGGGUGCAGUCACCAGCCACCCAUAAGUGCAGCCCUAACAGCUUAAUAGGAUGCAGGACAGGCGUGGCCUGUUGACCGGACUGCCUAAGCCGGUUCCGAGCGGCGAAAGACGCAGCGCCCGUGAUAAAGGAGCUCGCUACUUACGUAGGCUUCUGCACUUUAAACAAAUGGAUUUCCAGUUCGCUAUCUGGCAAAUGGCUUACCUUUUUUACUCACCGCAGAAAGUUUAUCGAAACUUUCAAUAUAGAAAGCAAACGAAAGACCAAUUUGCUCGGGACGAUCCGGCAUUCCUCGUUCUUCUUCUUGUGUGGAUGAUUAUUUCAUGUAUGGCGUUUGUCGUUAUGCUCCACAUCCACUUUUGGGGAUUUUUCAAGUUCCUUUUGUGGACGAUUUUCAUCGACUGCGUCGGAGUCGGCAUUAUUGUGGCUACCGUUGUUUGGAUGGUGUGCAAUAAAUACUUGAUCAAGCCAUCGUGCUGUUUUACUGAAGAUGUCGAGUGGGGCUAUUGCUUCGAUGUUCACCUCAACGCGUUUUUUCCAGCCCUCAUCAUCCUCCAUCUAUUUCAGCUUUUCUUCUACCACAUAUUGAUCCGAUAUGACUGGUUCGUCGGACGAUUAUUCGGGGAUACAUUGUUCCUUAUUGCGUGCGCCUAUUACUGUUACAUUACGUUCCUUGGGUAUAGUGCUCUUCCGAUCCUGAAGAGUACAAAGGUAUUUCUGUAUCCGAUGGCACCCUUGUCGCUCUUCUAUCUUAUGUCGUUGGCUGCAGGAUUCAACUUAUGCAGGGUGCUCGUUGAUUUUUAUCACUAUCGCGUUAUGUAAAUAUGUAAAUGACAGUGAAGGCCAAUAUGUGAAGUAUUAUUUUGAGAGCGGGGUCUGGAUUGAUUGCUUUUUAAUGCAAUCUAUUGAUGAUUAAGCGUCCAGCCUUGAUAGAAAAGCCCACUUCAAUCUUUGUUCGUAAAGUUUUUGCAACGCUAUUCAAAUUUCCCCAGGCCAAAAAUAUAGCUUGAAAAAUGAUCAUUCAAAGGAAACUUUUGUGAAGGCUUUUGCAAUAACUUACCUCCAGGAAGUCUCAGUGCAUUGAUAAGUGUCGAUAGGGCUGCCUGAGACAUUUGAUACAAGAAAAUUAACGAACUUGAAACUUGAUUCAGGUGAUGUAAAUAAAUUAUAUAUUAAAUAUGUCUGUUUGAUAUGUCGCUCUUUCAUCUAACAAACGAGGUCGACAAAGGUUGUUACAGAUGUUUAAUAUGUCGGUUGUUGCCUAACUAAUGUAUGGUGAUAUGUAUAUGGUACGACCUUGUGAGGUAUAAUCGUCAAAAUGUAGAAUUCUACAAGAAAGCAUUGUAAUACAGACCCAUUGUAGAGGUUGUUGCCUUCUACGACGUAUGUGUUUCUAAAAGGGUGCAAAACACAUGUGAGUAACAGACCACCUUUCAAGGGGUAGAAUGUUGUACAUUAGCAAACGGGAGCUCGCGCUAUUUUUUCGCCAAUGUUGAUCUGAAGAAAUGAUCUUUAUAGAAUAUAAAAAAAUCUGUCUCAAACUACAUACUAUUUUCUAAGAAAAAUAAAACAAUACUUACGCUGCGCGGAAGCUGAAAUUGUUUAGUUCAACAACACUGGCGCAGACCUUGGAUCAUCUGCGAAGCACAGUAGGAAUAGCGCGAAUUCUUUCUUUACUAAAGGCAUAUGUAAUGGUCGCCGUGACAUGAUAGUUUCACGCAGCCAUGAAAACCUGCUCGCUCCUCAUAACUUUACUCAUAACGCUUUAACAUACUUUUUUCUAAGAUUUAUUAUGUUAAGCCAGUGCAUACCAAUUAGAUACGGUCUAGAUGAACAAAAACGAUAUGUAGAAAAGAAUUUCUACCGAAACGCAUAAGAAACAACUUUAUGUUUACAAUAUAGUUUCAUGUGUAGACCAUAUUGAAAAUACUGCCAAAUGAGAAAAUUGCGGUUAUGCUAUGCUAAAAGCUCGACCAUAAAAAUAAAUAUCGGUUAAGGAUUUUGGUUAGUUAUCAAUCAUUUUUUCGCUCUGAUUCUGGCCAACGACAA